UUUACAAUAGGGUGCACUAAGUGGGGGUAGUUUUUGUAAUUGUUACUUUUAGAAGAUCUCACCCCUCGCGGCCUCGUCACCAGUCGGCCAGCAGAGGCCGCAGCGAGCGCACCGCACACCGCUUACUGCACACCGCACCCGCGCCGACAUGUCGCGUUCCUUCCUCGUCGACACCUUGAUCAGCGACGCCCCCAAGGACUCCAAGAAGACCGACAUGUCCCCUGACCCACUGCACCCUUACGCCACGUUCUUAGCUCAACCCAAAUUUAUGCCUUACCCUUACCCGGGGAACUUGAACAAUUUGCUGAGCCUCGGGCUGCAGCAACAGAACCGGGCGCCCGAUCUGUUCCGACCCUUUUUGGAGCAUCUCAACUUCCGAUAUCCUCUACUGCACCAGCUGCCUCCCCACCAUGAGAUCUAUGAACAUCCUCAGGGCGAAGCGCUGGCACCCGAAACCUACAUGAAAACUGAUGAUCAGGAACCGAUCAAUUUUGUGAGCAGAAGAAAAAAAUCAGUGUCACCUUACCUCCACCACCCGUACAAAUCCACCGCGAUGUCGCCGACCAAGAACCAAGGGCAGCGAUCGCCGUCGCUGUCAAGCGACAGCCGCAACGGCACGCCAAGCCCGCCACUUGCUCACCCCGAAGAGCUCCUACCGGGUUACUCUAAGGACUUGAAGCGACUCCCGCUCAAGGAAGAUUCCAGCAAGAGGAUCAGAACCGCGUUCACCGGCACACAACUGCUGGAACUGGAAAGAGAAUUCUCCAUGAACAUGUACCUGUCGAGACUGAGACGCAUCGAGAUCGCGUCGAGGUUGAAGCUCUCCGAGAAACAAGUGAAGAUCUGGUUCCAAAACCGGCGAGUGAAGCUAAAGAAAGAGGAGAGCCCGGUGGCCGGCCCCGACGGCAGGACCAACAAGUGUUGCUGCACCAAGACAUCGUGCAGCUCUAAGACCUCGGACGCGACCUGUGACAACGACAGCGAGCACAUAGACGUUGUUAGUGAUAAUGAUAGUUACGAAGUGCAAAACCUUUCUCGGUAUUCUUGA